UAAUUGGAAAGCAUCCAUUGAAUAAGAUUUCUAGGAAAAAAUUUGAUUGGCCGACGCACGACACAGUUUCCUAACAUUGCUGCGCAUCUAAAUAAGCGUUAACCACAGCGUUCGAAGUCGAUAGUGGGGAAACAACGGUGCUGCGCUCCGCCUCGACGCCCGGAAGUCGUGAACUGAUCCGACUUCCGGCGUCUCUGAAAUUCCGUGCGUGCACGGAAUGUCACGGAGUUUAGAGUUUCUCGGAUAGGUCCUCUACAGGGGGUUAUCCACGUCUGCUAGCACCUGUUGUACGAUAGUUCCGUGUAAAUGCGAGCGACAACGAACAUGGACCUGACUUGCCAGAAUUCUAGCAUAAGUGCUGAUUAUUUGCUCGGUCAAUUGAACACAGCCAGACAAGAGAUUAAUAAUCUGAGACAACAAGUGAAAAGCCUGAAGUACAUACUCGAUAAAGAUGUUGACAAUAUCAAGCGCCUGUUGGAAAUGCAAAGGCGCGGGGAAGCUCUUCCGCAGUCCAAGCUAAUAUCUUCGGAAGAAGCGAAGCCUGGCACGAGUAAAGAUCAAGAUAUUCUAAGAUUGAAACCCAUCGGCGUCAUCUCCACUUGGUUUCCCAAUAAGAGAGCAACGCCGAGGCAGCCCGGCGUAUGCGGAAAAGUGCCGGGAAAGCUGACACUUUACAAUUCUGUGUUUACAAAUCCGGAUCACGCCUUGCAGGGCUUGCAGGACUUUUCUCAUAUGUGGAUUCUAUUUCACUUUCAUAGAAAUGACUCGACGCACACUCGUGCGAAGGUAGCGCCGCCGAGAUUGAAUGGAGUCAGAACGGGCGUGUUCUCGACGCGUUCUCCGCAUCGACCGUGCCCCAUUGGCCUCAGCCUGGUGAAGAUACUGAAAAUCGAAAACUACACCAUUUACUUCGAGGGUGUCGACAUGGUUAAUCAGACCCCCGUUCUAGAUAUAAAACCGUAUAUACCGCAGUACGACAGUCCGUUGCAUAUCGAGAAACUGGGCAGCAGACUGAGAGAGAACAACGUGAAUGCUUCGGGCACGUUCCACAACAUGGAAGAAACAUUCAGCCUGAGCGAGGGCCCAUCGGUUGCCUCUUUCAACAAUGACACGGACAUGAACAAUGACGAACAGACCGAGCUCGAUGUUUCCAGAGACGAGGAAAUAGCUUUGAGACUCCAAGUGGAAGAAUUCCAAGCUUAUCCGAAUCUCAAUGGUUACGAUAUCGCGAGACAGCAAUCUUUCCAGUUAGCAGAAGCUCACGCCAAUACUUCGUUACAGAAUGACAUUAACGCGGACGUGCAUAGAGGGGCGUAUUUUACGCGAAAUAGAACACCCGACGCGAGGUCCAGCUUGGAUUCGUCUGUCGAGCAUAGCGCGACAUUGAUAGCCGAGUCGCAGACAGACUCUAUUAGAGAUUUAAAUAGUAGAUUACACAGAAUAGACAUAAAUCAUUCUGAUAACGUGGAUUCAACGCGUAUGGGGAGCGACAACGAAAUUAAUUACACCGAAAAUCAGACCUUGCGCAAUUCUAGAUUAUUAGACGGCGCGGAUGGACCGAGCACAGUGUGCGGUACCGACGUAGACCUGGUCAAUCGUCACGUGUUGCACGCCAGAGUCGACAAUUCCCCCGUAAGAAUGGGAAUACGCGAGGCGCCCGAUGGAGAGGAAGGCCUCGAGUCUCAAACCCUGACGCCCUCGCGCACUCUGCCAGACAUUCACGCCGCGACAGCUGUGUCGUCCGGGUCGAUAAGCGCGGCGACGGAGAGUAAUUUUGCCGAGAUACGGGUACCAGACUGGAUCGCGCAGCCCCGCACGGCAACGCUGUCCGUCAUCUUCAACGAGCGCGCCUUGAUGCAAUUAAGUGAGAUCUUGGACGACAAAGUUGACGAGCAAAAGCAAGCUAUAGAAAGUGUACUGAGGGAAGACCCUAGGUCAGUGUACUUGAGACAGAGAUGGGGAGGCAAUCAGUUCUAUACCUUUUUGAUACACGACCUGCACAUCACAUGCCGAUUCGACGACGGCCGAGGUGUCGUCACUGUAUUCCAAGUCCGGCACGCGGGUCGCACCUGCGAUUGUGGCGAGCCUGAAUGGCAAUGCUUGGGACACUCUCCUUUAUCUUAGUCUAAUAAAUUGGAAAAGAAACAAAGAGAGUAUAAAUAUAUUAGAAAGGAGACGGGCGAGAGAGAUAAAAUUCCAUCGUUGUAUGUACGUCGUGAUUUAGUAUAAAAACUAGCGCAAUUGUUAUUUAUUUACUUUUAUGUAUUUUUAAGUAGAGCACAUUUUACUCUUGUGAAAUAAUUUGACCUUUUCGUAAGAGCUAUCCAGAGCUGAGGGCAUUUAUUACAAGAUGAAAGUAACUUUAUGAAACGUCUCGUAUUUUAAGUGUAACUUUUAUGCAAGCGUACGAGUUCCUAUAUUUUGUUAUUACGUGCAAUUACAAUUUAUAUCAUUUAUAUUACAAAGGAUUUACACGAAGUAAAGACAGCAUAAAAAAAAGAA